CAAGUUUUUUGUGAUGUUCAGCAUCCCCCCCCUCCUCUCUCCCCUUUUCCUUGCCCCCGUAAGAAUGGUUCAGCCGGGCAUCUUGAGUUGGAUCGAUGGUUGCACCCGCCCUCCCCCGGAAUGUGGGCCUUUGGAGCGUGUGAGGUGGGAGGGGCGGAGGUGGGAGGCGUGCUGGGCCCCGGCUGCAGCAGAGGCAGUGUCUGCCGCUGGCGGUGGGGGGAGCCGUGCGGGUUCCGGCUGCCCCGGCGAGGCGACCUCUGGGCCCGCGCCGCGGGCGUGGAGGACAGGUAGGCGAGCGGGCAGCCGCGGCUCCGGGAGAAACUCGGGCCUCGGAGUCCCCUACGGCGCCCGCUGCGCCCCUCGGCCUCCAGCGUUGAGGCGGGGGAGGAAGGAGAUGCCGACCCAGAGAGACAGCAGUACCAUGUCUCACCCGAUCGCAGGCGGCGGCGGCAGCGGGGACCAUUCUCACCAGGUCCGGGUGAAAGCCUACUACCGCGGGGAUAUCAUGAUAACACAUUUUGAACCUUCAAUCUCCUUUGAGGGCCUUUGUAAUGAGGUUCGAGACAUGUGUUCUUUUGACACCGAACAGCUUUUCACCAUGAAAUGGAUAGAUGAAGAAGGAGACCCAUGUACAGUAUCAUCUCAGUUGGAGUUAGAAGAAGCCUUUAGGCUUUAUGAGCUAAACAAGGAUUCUGAACUCUUGAUUCAUGUAUUCCCUUGUGUACCAGAACGUCCUGGAAUGCCUUGUCCAGGAGAAGAUAAAUCCAUCUACCGCCGAGGUGCACGCCGCUGGAGAAAGCUUUAUUGUGCAAAUGGCCACACUUUUCAAGCCAAGCGUUUCAACAGGCGUGCUCAUUGUGCCAUCUGCACUGACCGAAUAUGGGGGCUUGGACGUCAGGGAUAUAAGUGCAUCAACUGCAAACUCCUGGUUCAUAAGAAGUGCCACAAACUUGUAACAAUUGAAUGUGGGAGGCAUUCUUUGCCACCGGAACCAAUGAUGCCCAUGGACCAGUCAUCCAUGCACUCAGACCAUGCACAGACAGUAAUUCCAUAUAAUCCUUCAAGUCAUGAGAGUUUGGACCAAGUUGGUGAAGAAAAGGAGGCAAUGAACACCAGGGAAAGUGGCAAAGCUUCAUCCAGUUUAGGUCUUCAGGAUUUUGAUUUGCUCCGGGUAAUAGGAAGAGGAAGUUAUGCCAAAGUACUACUGGUGCGAUUAAAAAAAACAGAUCGUAUUUAUGCAAUGAAAGUUGUGAAAAAGGAGCUUGUCAAUGAUGAUGAGGAUAUUGACUGGGUACAGACAGAGAAGCAUGUUUUUGAGCAGGCAUCUAAUCACCCUUUUCUUGUUGGGCUGCAUUCUUGCUUCCAGACAGAAAGCAGAUUGUUCUUUGUCAUAGAGUAUGUUAAUGGAGGAGAUCUAAUGUUUCAUAUGCAGCGACAAAGAAAACUUCCUGAAGAACAUGCCAGAUUUUACUCCGCAGAAAUCAGUCUAGCAUUAAAUUAUCUUCAUGAACGGGGGAUAAUUUAUAGAGAUUUGAAAUUGGACAACGUGUUGCUGGACUCUGAAGGACACAUUAAACUCACUGACUAUGGCAUGUGUAAGGAAGGAUUACGGCCAGGAGAUACAACCAGCACUUUCUGUGGUACUCCUAAUUACAUUGCUCCUGAAAUUUUACGAGGAGAAGAUUAUGGUUUCAGCGUCGACUGGUGGGCUCUUGGAGUACUAAUGUUUGAGAUGAUGGCAGGAAGGUCUCCAUUUGAUAUUGUUGGGAGCUCUGAUAACCCUGAUCAAAACACAGAGGAUUAUCUUUUUCAAGUUAUUUUGGAAAAACAAAUUCGCAUACCACGUUCUUUGUCUGUAAAAGCUGCAAGUGUCCUGAAGAGCUUCCUCAACAAGGACCCAAAGGAACGAUUGGGUUGUCAUCCUCAAACAGGAUUUGCUGAUAUUCAGGGACACCCAUUCUUCCGAAAUGUUGAUUGGGAUAUGAUGGAGCAAAAGCAGGUGGUACCUCCCUUUAAACCAAAUAUUUCUGGGGAAUUUGGUUUGGACAACUUUGAUUCUCAGUUUACUAAUGAACCUGUCCAGCUCACUCCAGAUGAUGAUGACAUUGUGAGGAAGAUCGAUCAGUCUGAAUUUGAAGGUUUUGAGUACAUUAAUCCUCUUUUGAUGUCUGCAGAAGAAUGUGUCUGAUCCUCCUUUCUCAACUAUGCAUUUUGCUUGUGUUGCCAUUUAGUGCAUGGAUAAACUUGUUACCAGCCUGGAUGCAAAGAACCAUUUUAUAUUUUUCACCUGCAAGAAAAGCACUCAGUUUAUUCUAUUGUUGACUGUAAGAGUCAAUUAUUACAUCUAAGUUUAACUAUGGAAAAAAAAUGAAACUACUUUGCAGACAAUCAUGUCAAAAUUUAGUUACACUGGUAAUCCAGCAACCUACUGAUGAAUAACAAAGUUGUCUUUUUUGUUUAAAGGAAGUACUGACUAAAAAGAUUAUCUGUUGCAUUAAGGCACAUGGUGGGAUUACAUCAUAAGCCUCCCUGAUUUUUGUCAUACUCAUGAAGUCAUUUAAGUGUUUAAUUUUGGAAUAAAAGAGUAAUGCAAAAUACAACUUGUUAUAUUACCUAUUACUUUCUGAGUUCUGUGUGUUUAAAAAUUCAGCUGUAAAUUUUAUCAUUGCUUUAGCAAAUUAAAUUAUUGAUUUUUAAGGCAACAAUUAUAAAUCGGUAAUGAAAGACGCUGCUUGCUUAGAAUGAGGGAAUACAGAUUCUCCUUGAGGAGGAAAAUAGGCACAUUUUAUUAAGAAUCAGAUUCCAAAUCAUUAGCUGUUUUUGAAAAACUGAUUCAAGUGAUUUCUUUAGUAUGUUACGGGGUUAGUGUCUGAGCUUGUCCCUGUAGUGGGAACUUUAACUGGAGUGUUAAUAAAUGUAGUUCAAAGAACCCAGGAUGCAGUUAAAUGGAACACUUCUCAGUAUAUAAAAAGGAAAAAAUAGAAACUUAAAAUAGAUACAGAAAAGUGCAAUGGUAAUAUUUAUUUCUUAUUGGACAGUAAAUCUCACAGUCGCUUUUUGUGAUUUGACUUAAAUAAUAAGGAAGCACUCACUUGCUACCAAAUGUAAAAGCAUUCCAUUAUGCAGUGGACACAGAAUGUAUAUUAUUUUUUCCUUAUAAGUCAGUAUACAGGAAAAUAAUUUAUCUUCCAAAUAGUGUCUGAACCAUGCUUGUUUCUUCCCCAAACCACAUUAUCCAUACUUUCGGAUCCUUUUUGUGGAGUCUUCAAUGAAACUCAAGAAAAAAUAAUAAAGUAAACAUGAAUAAAUCUUCAGGAUAUGCACAUACACUCACACUCAUCACAGUUCCAGCUCCAUAAGUGAGUUUUUGUUAAGUAGGUAACGCAUGUAAUCAGAGUAGAAUACAUUUCAGGGGCAGAGUUCUUCAGAUUAUUUUUUAUUAAUAUUAGUGUUUAACAAUUUAUUAUUUAAAGGGAUGCCAAUGAUAGCAUCCUUCUGUUGUUUAUUUUUAAUUUUUUUUUAUGAAAAGGGACUUAAAAAAUAACCAUGAUCAUUUAAAUUACUUAUAAUUGUCCAAUCUUAGUAAAAUGUAACUUUUAGGAAAGCUAUCUAGUCUUAAAUUUAGAAUGAUUUAAAAUAUGUAGGCAUUUAUUAAAUUACCUCUUUUUGGGGGGCACGGGGAUGCUGCAUUUCAUUUGAAAUGUAAUUUUUCCAAAGUUUCUGGCCAUGUACUCUCUUUUCUUUGAAUAGCUAUGUCUGAAAGCAAUGAAAACCUCCAAGGAAAUGUUUAUAUAAUUUACAUGUUUAUUUAAGAGGUAUGUAUGUUUCUCUUAAGACCUGAAACUUGUUUGAAAACAAAAAGCAAUAUUCACUUCAAAUCAUAAAUUUAUAGAAAUUUUUGACAUAUCAGAAAUAUGUUUGUCAUCUUGCUUUUAAGUGGUACUGUUUCCCUUAGGGCAUUCGUUCUCAAGUUUUAGAAUGUGGACUAAUCACGUAGUAAGUGUGUUUAAUAUGCACAUUACUGGGCCUGCCUUAGAAUUCUGUUGGGUCUUUGGAUCUCAUUUUGAGAAACUUUUUUUUUUUUUUUUUGCGGUACGCGGGCCUCUCACUGCUGUGGCCUCUCCCGUUGCGGAGCACAGGCUCCGGACGCGCAGGCUCAGCGGCCAUGGCUCACGGGCCUAGCCACUCCGCGGCGGACAGGGGCACGAACCCGUGUCCCCUGUAUCGGCAGGUGGACUCUCAACCACUGCGCCACCAGGGAAGCCUGAGAAACAUUUUUUUGAGUUUUUCUUUUAGUUUGUCCUUAGUUACAUAUUAGAGUAUUCAUGAUAAAACAUUUUGAGAAGGGGUGCACAGUUACUAUCUUAUCUACAAUUUUAAAUAAGUUUUGAGUAAAUGACUUCUUCAAGUUAGAUAUCUUCUAAAAAAAAAAUCCAUCAGUUUUCUAUCAAUGUUACAAAUGAUGAAACAUUUUUCUGUGAUGAGGUUUUAACCAUUAUUCAGGGUGGCCUUUUUUUAAAUAUUUUUUUUAAAAAAAACUAAUAAGAUUUACUGUGUAUAUUUUAUACAGAACUGAAUUACAAAUAUGUUUUAAAUUGUAUCCUGCUUUUUGUAGUCCUUAUGUGCCAUGCCAAUUCUUUUUAUAUUACAUAGAAGUUGUUUCAGAUUACUCACCAGGGGACUAAGGCAGUUGACAGAAUGGUUGGAAUUUUGGUGUUCUAAGAAAAAAUUUAUUUUGUAUAAGCAUGUAUGUGGUCAGAUCAUUCUAUGUGUAUGCAGCCUGAAAUGCAUAUCAGGUAUUAUGCUUGUUUGGUACCUGUACAUUUACUUUUACAGUUUUGUUUUGUUUUGAUUUUUGUCAUGUAGAAUACUGCCUUGGUAUAAUGUUAUCUGUAUUUGUGUACCUUUUUUUUUUACUUUCAAAUCUUUAAAUAAAAUGUUUAAUACUCA